UCACCGCUCUGAGUCCCGCCCCGCCAGCCCGUGCCAUCUUGUGUUUAGCAAGAACAAAAACGGGGGAAGAAAACACGCCCGGCCCGGGGACGGGGCGCGGAUUUUCAGGCUGCUUUUUAGGCGUGUUUUUCAGAAAAGUUGGUGCAGCUGGACAGUAUGCUCGGAGGAGCAGCGGCGUGGAGAAACAGCAGCCACACCCCGCAGGACGGCUCCGGUUAAUGUUAGCUCUCAGGCUAUCCGAGCUAAGCUAACCAGUUAGCAGCGGCUAAGAUCGCAGGACGAAGGCGAGCCUCGAGUCUGAGCCGGUCUGUGACAUCUGGAAAUCCCGCAUUAACUUCACAAAUAUCAGCAGCGACCUGGGUGGAAAUGCCCCGGACGUGGUGGUGACUGUUUGCGGAGAGGGAUUCCGGGCUAUGAGGAUUGAGGUCCACUGUUAGCUCGGCUGCUAUCGGUUGUUUUUCGGUUCAGAGCGGAACCACAAUAAGCCGCGCACUGACCUGAGCGCUCUCUCCAUCCUCCAGGCCCUGGCCAUGCCCUCGAAUGCGCGGGCGGGCAAUCUGAAGGACCCCGAGGUGGCUGAUCUGUUCUGCAAAGAUGACCCGGAGAAGCUGUUCACCGACCUCCGGGAGAUCGGCCACGGGAGCUUUGGAGCAGUGUACUUUGCCCGAGAUGUCAGCAACAAUGAAGUGGUGGCCAUCAAAAAGAUGUCGUACAGCGGCAAGCAGACCAACGAGAAAUGGCAGGACAUCAUCAAAGAGGUGAAGUUCCUGCAGAAGCUUCGCCACCCCAACACCAUCGAGUACCUGGGCUGCUACCUGAAGGAGCACACGGCAUGGCUGGUGAUGGAGUAUUGCCUCGGCUCGGCCUCAGACCUCCUUGAAGUUCACAAAAAGCCGCUCCAGGAAGUAGAAAUAGCUGCUAUUACCCACGGUGCACUGCAGGGGUUGGCAUAUCUUCACUCUCACAAUAUGAUUCACAGGGACGUGAAGGCAGGAAACAUCCUGCUGACGGAGCCGGGUCAGGUCAAACUGGGGGACUUUGGCUCCGCCUCCAUCGUGUCUCCGGCCAACUCCUUCGUGGGGACGCCAUACUGGAUGGCUCCGGAGGUGAUCUUGGCCAUGGACGAGGGCCAGUACGACGGGAAGGUGGACGUCUGGUCCCUGGGCAUCACCUGCAUAGAGCUGGCGGAGAGGAAGCCCCCCCUGUUCAACAUGAAUGCUAUGAGUGCCUUAUACCACAUCGCUCAGAAUGAAAGCCCCGUCCUGCAGUCCAAUCACUGGUCCGAUUCCUUCCGCAGUUUUGUCGACUCUUGCCUACAGAAGAUUCCCCAGGACCGGCCUACCUCGGACGUGCUUCUCAAUCAUCGCUUCUUGUGCCACGAGCGCCCGCUGACCGUCGUCAUGGACCUGAUUGCACGAACCAAGGACGCGGUGAGGGAGCUCGACAACCUGCAGUACCGCAAGAUGAAGAAGAUCCUGUUCCAGGAAACCCAACAGAACGGCCCCGUCACCGAGGGAGGCGAGGAGGAGGAGGAGGUGGAGCCGUACCUGCUGCAGACGGGCACCGUUAACAGCAUGGAGAGCUCCCAGUCUGUUCCCAGUAUGUCCAUCUCAGCCAGCUCUCAGAGCAGCUCGGUCAACAGCCUCGCCGACGCCUCCGACGACAGCAGCAACGAGAUGGCCAUGAUGCAGGAGGGCGAGCACACGGUCACCUCCAACAGCUCCAUCAUCCACCGACCCACGGGUCAGGACAACAUCUACGAUGACCCGUACCAGCCAGAGAUGGAUCAGCCUCAGGCUCCUUCAGCUGGACGCCGGCGAGCCUUCUAUCGAAACCGUGACCACUUUGCCACCAUCCGCACGGCCUCUUUGGUGACCCGUCAGAUCCAGGAGCACGAGCAGGGCUCGGCGCUGCGUGAGCAGAUGUCCGGCUACAAGCGCAUGAGGCGGCAGCACCAGAAGCAGCUGAUGAGCCUGGAAAACAAGCUGAAGGCGGAGAUGGACGAGCAUCAGCUGAAGCUGGACAAAGAGCUGGAGAACCAGAGGAACACGUUCUCCACAGAGGCCGACAAGCUGGCCAAGAAGCACCAGGCCAUCCUGGAGAAGGAGACGAAAGCUGCUCUGACGGAGGAGAAGAAGUUCCAGCAGCACAUCCUGGGCCAGCAGAAGAAGGAACUCACCAGUUUACUGGACUCACAGAAACGCCAGUACCGCCAGCGCAAGGAGCAGCUGAAAGAGGAGCUGAGCGAGAACCAGUCGACUCCGAAGCGAGAGAAGCAGGAGUGGCUGGUCCGUCAGAAGGAGUGUCUGCAGCAGAUGCAGGCGGAGGAGGAGGCCAGCCUGCUGCGGCGCCAGCGGCAGUACUACGAGCUGCAGUGCCGCCAGUACAAGAGGAAGAUGCUGCUGGCUCGCCACAACCUGGAGCAGGACCUGCUCAGAGAGGAGCUGAAUAAGAAGCAGACCCAGAAGGACCUGGAGUGCGCCAUGCUGCUGCGGCACCACGAGUCCACCCAGGAGCUCGAGUUCAGGCAGCUGGGCACGAUGCAGCGCACGCGGGCCGAGCUGAUCCGAACGCAGCACCAGACCGAGCUGACCAAUCAGAUGGAGUACAACAAGCGGCGUGAGCAGGAGCUUCGGCAGAAGCACGCCAUGGAGGUCCGGCAGCAGCCCAAGAGUCUCAAGUCCAAAGAGCUUCAGGUCAAGCGUCAGUUCCAGGAGACCUGCAAGAUCCAGACCCGUCAGUACAAAGCUCUGAGGAACCACCUGCUGGAGAGCACUCCAAAGUCCGACCACAAGGCCGUCCUCAAACGCCUCAAAGAGGAGCAAACACGUAAGCUGGCCAUCCUGGCCGAGCAGUACGACCACUCCAUCAACGAAAUGCUGUCCUCUCAGGCUGUGAGUAAGGCAAGGAAACCUCCGUGCACCUGCACACCUGACAACCACCCACACCUGAAACCCCGCACACCUGACAACCUCCCACACUUCAGCACCUGCACACCUGACAACCUGCACCUUAGAACCAGAGGCCUGUACUACAAGGCAGGAUUUGGUCUUAUCCAGCUGCGGCUGGAUGAGACGCAGGAGGCCGAGUAUCAGGUGCUCCGCAUGCAGCUGCAGCAGGAGCUCGAGCUGCUGAACGCCUACCAGAGCAAGAUCAAGAUCCACACGGACACGCAGCACGAGCGCGAGGUGAAGGACCUGGAGCAGAGGGUGUCGAUCCGCCGGGCGCUGCUGGAGCAGAGGAUCGAGGAGGAGAUGCUGACUCUGCAGAACGAGCGCUCCGAGCGAAUCCGGACGCUGCUCGAGCGCCAGGCUCACGAGAUUGAGGCCUUCGACUCGGAGAGCAUGCGUCUGGGCUUCAGCAACAUGGCGCUGACCGGCAUCCCGGCAGAGGCUUUCAACCAGGGCUACCCGACCCCCAGCCCGUCCUCGGGCUCUGGCGGCUGGCCGUCGCGGCCCGUACCGCGCUCCGGCAGCCAUUGGAGCCACAGCGUGCAGAACUCUGUGACGACUCCAUCCUGGCGCAGCCAGAAUCACGGCGGUGGAGGCUUCAGCCGCGCUGAGUCCAUCGCCUCGUCCCACGUCCUUGGCAGGGAUGGCGAGAUGAGCAAGAGCCGGGGCCACUCCUCCUCCCAUCACCAGCAGCACUACCUCCCCCAACACUACCAACACCACCAGAGCACGCCGCAGCUCUACCGCGAUGCCCACGAGCGCGACUCCAGGGAGCGGGACCGCUCCAGGGAAUGGGUGGGAGGAGGCGGACACUACGCCCAUCACUCCCAGGUCCACCACCUCUCCUCCCACGCCUCCUCGCAGUCCCUGGCCCUCCUGCCUCCGCCACCUCCGCCUCCUCCCAUCGCCCUCUCCACCUCCUCCCCUCCCUCCUCCACCUCCUCGUCCUCUUCCUCACAGGGCGGCUACGGCGGCGGCGGUCUGAGUGUAAGGGGCCCCAGCCUGAUGGCGCUCAGGAACAGCCCUCAGCCGCUGAGGCGGACAGCCUCCGGGGGGCCAGGCGGCGGGGGGAGCGACAGCGGGUUAACCCGGAGCACAUCGGUCACCUCGCACAUCUCCAACGGCUCUCACCUCUCCUACUCGUGAAUCCGGCGCCAGUCUUAGUCUGGGGGCGCCGUCCUGCUUCUCUCAGGGGACACAGAAGCAGAACGGCGCCAUUUUGACCUUUUCAGUCUUCAGCGCUUCAAUCCUAAAAACAAACAUGUCACAAGUUUUAAAAAAUCUAUUUUGAACGUGCCCGUUAUACGCAGUCACUGCAGCUGCACGGGGGCAGCGAUCCAAUCAGCCAACAACACGUCGACCGAGACAGCGCGACGGCUGUGGAGCUUCCACUCGGCUCGCAGUGCUUUAAAAACCACUGUAACUAUGUACAUAACUGAACUGUAGACGCCGUUUCUGGUUCCUAAGUGUUUCAAACAUUCAGGGCGGGGGGCGGGGCUUGAAGGCGGCGGUGUACAGGCGGCGACCGAGGGAAGAUUUCUUAAAAUCAACUUUUAUUUGUAGUGCUAAGAUUCUGUACACGACAAUAAAAACAAACACUGCCAUCUUUCUGUUGACCCGAGACCAACCUACCACUGCCCUCCAAGCCACUUAAAGGAACACGCCCAUGUCGCCGCGAGUCGCCUCGGCGUCAGCGCGCUCCGUACAGGAAGCCCCUCCAUCUUUGUUUUUCUUGUGUUCAAACAACCAAGUUUACGAGAUCUCUGCGUAGUGAAGUUUACACUUGUCUCUGAGGCAGAUGUUCUACUUCCUGUUGAUCCUACCGUACGGGAAUGAUCUACUGGUCAGCAGGGGGCGCUGUGAGUGGUCAGCGAGCAGACUGAAAGAGCACGUUUUAUUUUAGUUCCCGUCAUCGCUAACGUCUGCUCAUGCGUGCUGGUUUUAGAUGACACCCGUUUCCGAACGAUAACUCCAGCAGGCGUCAGGAGGAUAUUCCGCUGCCUGUGGACGAUCUGUGCCACGUUCGUACUCUCAGCACGCCGCGCAGAAUUUAGCUUCUGGUCAGUUGUUUGCGCCUUUACUCUGCAGGUAAAUGUAACUUGAAGGUGUGUUUACCUGCCGUCAUUCUCCUGUUGUAAUGCUAAGCUAGGCUAACCUCCCUGUGCUUAAUCUGAGAGCUCGAUGUCGGGCGACUCGUUCCUUCAAAGUGACGCUGCCGCAGAGUUUUAGAGCUGAAAGUGUGUGUGUGUGUGUGUGUGUGUGUGUGUGUGUGUGU